UCAUUUUUUUUUAGUAAUGCCCAUGUUGAGGGUUAGGCCCCCAAAAAAUUUAAAUUCAGAAACCGUAAUGAGUUUCCAUGCGAAUGGUCUGGCAAGGUUUGAAUUUGGGUUGGCGGCGAUAAAUUGUUGUGUAUAUAAAUUGCUUUGAUCCACAAUCAAUGCAUACAGAUCUUCCAUGGAAAAACAGCUCCAAAAAAUCAAGGGGAGUAGUUAAAUUUGCGAUUUCCACCUGAAUUCCGAGUUGGGCAGUGAAUGGGGGAAGUACGGGUCCUGCAGAAUUUGUGGGUUGCCAAUCGGAAGGAUACUAGGGGCUCUAAGGGCCUGUGUGAGAAUUCUUGGUGGUUGUGGGACAAUACUUGUGCUCGCCACCGCACCAGCUUGUACUGCACUUAUGGGACGCGCCAUGUCGCCAAGUCAUACUGCAGUGCUGAUAUGUGAAAGACAAGGAAGUACUAG